CCACUGGUGCCCUGGUUACGCCACCUGUGGCUCAGUUGCACAGCCGCCUGGUAGGUGACUGGAGGCACUGAGCAGUGCUCACUGGUAUUUCGCUGAUGUGGCCCCAACCCCGCCUCCCUCCCCACCCCGCGAUGUCAGAAAAAACACAACAGGGGAAAUUGGCCGCAGCCAAGAAAAAGUUAAAAGCAUAUUGGCAGAGGAAGAGCCCUGGCAUUCCAGCAGGAGCUAACAGGAAAAAGAAAAUCAAUGGCAGUAGCCCUGACACAGCCACUUCUGGUGGUUACCACUCACCUGGGGAUAGCCAGUACCAAGAACUAGCAGUGGCCCCGGAUUCAAGCUCCGCAAUAAUCAGUCAACUCAGUGAAAACGUCAAUUCACUGGUUCGCACAUCUAAGGAGGAGAAGAAGCAUGAGAUACAUCGGGUACAGAAGCUUGGGAGGAGCUUGUUCAAAUUCAAAAACCAGACGGCUGAACCCCUGGCCCCAGAGCCCCCAGCAGGGCCAUCUAAGGUGGAGCAGCUACAAGAUGAGACCAACCACCUAAGGAAGGAGCUAGAGAGUGUGGGAAGACAGCUCCAGGCUGAGGUGGAAAACAAUCAGAUGUUGAGUCUCCUGAACAGGAGACAGGAGGAGAGGCUAUGUGAACAGGAGGAGAGGCUACAUGAACAGGAGGAGACGCUACGUGAACAGGAGGAGACGCUACGUGAACAGGAGGAGACGCUACGUGAACAGGAGGGGAGGCUACGUGAACAGGAGGAGAGGCUACGUGAACAGGAGGAGACGCUACGUGAACAGGAGGAGAGGCUACGUGAACAGGAGGAGACGCUACGUGAACAGGAGGAGAGGCUACGUGAACAGGAGGAGACGCUACGUGAACAGGAGGAGACGCUACGUGAACAGGAGGAGAGGCUAUUUGAACAGGAGGAGAGGCUAUGUGAACAGGAGGAGAGGCUGUGUGAACAGGAGGACAGGCUAUGUGAACAGGAGGAGAGGCUACGUCAACAGGAGGAGAGGCUGUGUGAACAGGAGGAGAGGCCACGUGAACAGGAGGAGAGGCUACGUGAACAGGAGGAGACGCUACGUGAACAGGAGAGGCUACGUGAACAGGAGGAGACGCUACGUGAACAGGAGGAGAGGCUACGUGAACAGGAGGAGACGCUACGUGAACAGGAGGAGACGCUACGUGAACAGGAGGAGACGCUACGUGAACAGGAGGAGAGGCUAUUUGAACAGGAGGAGAGGCUAUUUGAACAGGAGGAGAGGCUACGUGAACAGGAGGAGAGGCUACGUGAACAGGAGGAGACGCUACGUGAACAGGAGGAGAGGCUACGUGAACAGGAGGAGACGCUACGUGAACAGGAGGAGAGGCUACGUGAACAGGAGGAGAGGCUAUUUGAACAGGAGGAGAGGCUACGUGAACAGGAGGAGAGGCUACGUGAACAGGAGGAGACGCUACGUGAACAGGAGGAGAGGCUAUUUGAACAGGAGGAGAGGCCACGUGAACAGGAGGAGAGGCCACGUGAACAGGAGGAGAGGCCACGUGAACAGGAGGAGAGGCCACGUGAACAGGAGGAGAGGCCACGUGAACAGGAGGAGAGGCCACGUGAACAGGAGGAGAGGCCACGUGAACAGGAGGAGACGCUACGUGAACAGGAGGAGACGCUACGUGAACAGGAGGAGAGGCUACGUGAACAGGAGGAGACGCUACGUGAACAGGAGGAGACGCUACGUGAACAGGAGGAGACGCUACGUGAACAGGAGGAGACGCUACGUGAACAGGAGGAGAGGCUACGUGAACAGGAGGAGAGGCUACGUGAACAGGAGGAGACGCUACGUGAACAGGAGGAGAGGCUAUUUGAACAGGAGGAGAGGCUACGUGAACAGGAGGAGACGCUACGUGAACAGGAGGAGAGGCCACGUGAACAGGAGGAGAGGCUACGUGAACAGGAGGAGACGCUACGUGAACAGGAGGAGAGGCUACGUGAACAGGAGGAGAGGCUACGUGAACAGGAGGAGACGCUACGUGAACAGGAGGAGACGCUACGUGAACAGGAGGAGACGCUACGUGAACAGGAGGAGAGGCUACGUGAACAGGAGGAGAGGCUACGUGAACAGGAGGAGAGGCUACGUGAACAGGAGGAGACGCUACGUGAACAGGAGGAGACGCUACGUGAACAGGAGGAGACGCUACGUGAACAGGAGGAGAGGCCACGUGAACAGGAGGAGAGGCCACGUGAACAGGAGGAGAGGCUGUGUGAAGAGGAGAAGCUGCCAGGGCAGGAGAGGCUGCUGGAAGAGGUGGAGAAGCUGUUAGAACAGGAGAGGCGGCAGGAGGAGCAGGAGAGGCUGCUGGACGAGGUGGAGGAGCUCCUGGAGCAGGAGAGGCUUCGGCAACAGGAUGACAGGCUGUGGCAGCAGGAGACUCUGCGGGAGCUGGAGAGGCUGCGGGAGCUGGAGAGGAUGCUGGAGCCGGGGUGGGAAGCCCUCUACGAGCAGCGGGCCGAGCCACGCAGCGGCUUCGAGGAGCUGAACAACGAGAACAAGAGCACACUGCAGGUGGAGCAGAAAGCAAAGGAGCUGAAGAAAUCAGGUGGAGCUGAAGAGCCAAGAGGCUCCGAGUCUGCAGCAGCAGCCAGACCAGUACCGAGCCCCAGUCCCACAGGAGCUUGGGUGUGCGGACAAGCAGGGUGGACUCCCCAGGAGCACCCAGGCUUGGGUGGAGAAGCUGUUGGUACAGGAGAGGCAGCAGGAGGAGCAGGAGAGGCUGCAUGCCAUUCUUUUCAGGCUGCCGAGAACAGGGAGAUAAACAUCACCAUCAUCUAAGAGCUGCUCAAGAAAUUUAAAAAAACAAACAAAACGUUUAAGGGGUUAAUAUCCUACACAAUUCAUUUACUUCAUUUGAAUGUUAGAGCCACUUAUGUUUAUUUGUGUUUCUAAUUUAUAGUUUAAAUGUAUUUGUAAAAAGUUAAAUGAGAGUGGGUCUUUCAUGUUCACUCUGGCAUCUUUUAGCAUUUUUUUAAUUUGAUAAUUAUAGGACGUUAGCAUGCAUAUCGAGUUUGCCCUUAUGUGGUGGGAGUUCAAACACACAAAGACCCACUAUA